UCAAUUCCUCCAAGCUCGAACUCACACAUUAGAGCAUGAGUUAGAAGUGAGAAAUAUUUGUCAUCCGAGCGAUUUCCUCUCGUAAUCAGUUAAUCAUUUUGAAACAAACAUUUUAAAACAUCAAGACGGGAAGGGGCACGAUAGGAAAUUAGUAUUGCUAGUGAAUAUAAGCUUCACUGGCAUAUAGUCCAAAUCUGGCUGAAACGCAUAAAAUUAGUCGCUUCCUGUCUAGGCCCCUCCAAGUAAGCAUUUCGAAAAUGUUACUUUGCGGAGGCCGUAGAUUCAAUUUAUUGGCGCCAACAAUCUCACUCUCAUUUGGGACUUUCAUCAAACACCUUGCAGCUUCAAAAUCCUCCAGUCUUUCACUGACCGCAAAAUCGUUUACCGCCAGCGCAAGCUCAGAAGUCUUCAGUUCCUCCCGUUUUGAAGCGCUAAGUUCGCGUCAGAAAGAACAAGUGCAUCUCUACAUUGAUUCCCUCCUUGAAUGGAACCAGAAAAUGAAUCUGACUGCCGUAAAGGAGGAGAGCGAGGUUAUGGAAAGGCACGUUGAAGACUCGCUUUCAAUCAUUGAACCGAUUCGGACUUCGUAUCUCUCACAUUGUGGACCUUCGUCUGAGAAUCUCAAUCUCGUUGAUGUUGGAAGUGGUGCCGGGCUUCCUGGAGUAAUUUUGGCCAUUGCUUCCCCAGGUUGGAAAGUGACCCUUCUGGAGUCUAUGAAUAAGCGUUGUUCCUUUUUGGAGCAUGUGGUUAGUCAGAUUGGUUUAUCAAAUGUUCAAGUUAAAAGAGAAAGAGCUGAGAAGCUAGGGCAAGACGUCUGCUUCAGAGAGUCUUUUGAUGUUGCAGUUGCCCGAGCAGUUGCAGAAAUGAGAGUUUUAGCUGAGUAUUGUCUACCUCUAGUCCGAACUGGUGGUAUCUUUGUAGCUGCGAAAGGUCAUGAUCCUCAGGAGGAAGUGCAAAGGGCAGAGAGAGCAAUACAACUGAUGGGAGCAUCUCUAUUGCAAAUUAGUUGUGUUGAUUCCCACAGUAAACAUGGACAGAGAACUGCCAUAAUUUGUUUGAAAGGUAAACCUACCCCCAAGAAAUAUCCUCGAGAUCCAGGAACUCCAGCUAAGAUUCCACUUUGAGAGGAAUGUUGUCAUGGCUCCGUAUCUCCCAAUUGUACAGUUAAUGUAUGAUAGAGGGAAGUUUGUAUUUUAGUAUCCUUUCUCUUGAGUUUAGAUGCAGAUCACUAUACUCAUGGAUGGCUAGACACAGUACUACUAGUUCCUUUGUGAAUUGAUUACCUCGUUAUUUGAGAAGGUACACCACACAGAUUUGGCUUAAAUUCCAUCCAUUAAGAUGAAUGUAUAUUACAACCACACAACCCUUCUAUUAUUUUGUAGCCAAAUAAAGACAUUAACAGUUGCCAUGUUCCAGUAGGUGAUUCAAUGUCAUACAUUUUGUUGCUUUUUCUUUUGUGAUGUAAGCAGAGAUAGCUUCAGUCUGACAUAUUCAGGACUCAAAAUAUUUCACAGUAGGUUACCUGAUCUUGUGGCUGCGGUAAUUAUGUGAAGAAUUGAACAAGUCUCAGCUCAUAGGAAAUUGUGUUACUGUCGAUAAUAAUUUGUGUACUUUGUUAGAAUUUCGUUGCAUCACAUUGUGGAGCAUGUGGACCUGUAGUUGGAAUUUGGAUAUUGUUGGCCUUAAAUUAAACUAUGUAUUUUACCUAACAUUCUUCCCCACUUGUAUUAAAAAAACCUUUGUAUUUAAAAUAUUAUUCGCCCUUU